UCUCAAAAACCCGAAGGCUGCAUCCUGCACGGCAGCACAGCACCGCGGCUCGUCGACGAGGUAGCAAUGGUGGGCCGGAAGCCGAUGCGCCGUCGCCGACCCGAGCGGCCUCCGCCACCGCCGCCUUCUCCGGCCUUCGGCGCCACGGCUCGGCCGACCUCCCCCCGCUCCUCCUCCACCACCACCUCCGCCGCCGCGGUCGCCGCCGACCUGGACGAGCUGCUCCUCACGGCCCCGCCGCCGUUGGCCUCGGAGCCGCGGAGCUUCCCGUUCUCUGUGAAGCAGCAGUGCUGGGAGAAGGCGGAGCGAGUGCCCGGGCGCGACCCAGAGAGGUGGCGCCGCGACGAGCUCGGCAACGUCGUCUUCCGCAAGUUCGUCGGAUGCCCCGGCUGCCUCUGCCACGACUACGACCACAUCGUCCCCUACUCCAAGGGCGGAAAGAGCACACUGGAGAAUUGCCAGGUUUUGCAGGCUACAGUGAAUCGAUCUAAAGGGAACAAGACUGAGGUAUCCAAAUCCGAGCUCAUACAGAAAAGUGCAUAUUGUAGGGUUUCUGGACGGGAUAUGGAUCUUGUUGAACUAUCUGCCUAUGGGAAUGUCCGGCGAGGGCCAGAUUCAGGGGGCUGUAAAAUCCAAUGAAGGAUAUUUAUCUGAAGAGUGAUGCUAAUCAAUUUCAAGUAGUUGCCUGAAAUCUGAGCGGAACAGCUUGGUUAAGGGUUGUGUCAAAUAUGUCCAAUUCUGUCUGUAUUGUGUAGCUUGAUACUUCAAGUGAUUUAUCCGAGAAAAUAAUUCUGCUA